AUGACAAACGCCAAGCAAAUCCGCAUCCGACGCGAGACAGAAUGCGACGCGCCAGUGAUUGAAGAAGUCACUGCAAUCGCAUUCAUGAAUGCCGAGCACACAGACCACAAUGAGCAAUUCAUCGUCCGCGCUCUGCGUGAAGCAAGCCAACUAUCAAUCUCACUCGUCGCCGAAGACGAAGCCACGCUGGCCAUUGUCGGUCACGUCGCCAUCUCGCCUGUGGCCAUUUCGGAUGGCAGCGAGAACUGGCACGGGCUAGGGCCAAUCUCCGUCUUGCCCGAGUAUCAAGGACACGGCGUGGGGUCGAGGCUGGUGGAACGCGCGCUGGCAGAUCUCCAGACUACCCAUGCGGCCGCCGGCUGCGUGUUGCUGGGAAACCCGAAGUUCUAUACGCGUUUUGGCUUCAAGGUAGACCCUUCCUUGAAGUACCCAGGGGCGCCGGCGGAAUUCUUCAUGGCCCUCGCUUGGCGUGAGCCAGCAGCUGCUGGUACCGUCUCAUUUCACAAAGCUUUCGAAGCGACGGGUUAG